CCGGGACUCCGUGCCACCCAGCCAGCACGGAUGAGUCAUACAAUCGUAGCCCGAAUUUGACGGAAUGUUUUCUCAAUAUCUGUGGGCGAUGGUUACGUGAUAGUGGAGGAUUAAUUAAUAAAUCAUCACCGAAGCAGUAGUGAUUCCAUUUCCGUGAAGGAGAGGGUAUAGUCGUAAACGAGAAGCAUCACUUGCUGAUAAUUGUGAUCGAACUGAUGUUCAUUCUGCACUGUGUUAUAAGCAAUUGAUGGGAAUGUCUGCGGACAAAAAUUCUAGUCAUGCGAAUCCUCGGGAAACUGCUAAUUUCUUUGGAGUCGUAUUCUGGACGUGGACUAUCAAAUUCUUCAAAUUGGGAUACAGUAAAAUCUUGGCCAGAGAGGACCUGUACGAUCCGCUGAAUGAUGACCAGUCGAACUCACUGGGAGAUCGGAUAGACAAACAUUGGAAAGGAGAAUGUGAGAGGGCAGCAAAGCAUCGUCGAUCUCCGAGUCUCACAAGGGUAUUAUUCAAAUGUUUCUGGUGGGAGUUAGUCUGGCUCGGAGCACUGCAAAUUAUAAAUGAGUUCCUUCUACGAUUAGGAACACCAAUGCUGAUUGGCCAACUGCUGCGUUAUUUCCGGGAAGAUAAAGGCAUCAGUUACAAUGAAACAUUGAUGUAUGCAGGUGGAGUCUGCUUAGCCACGGCAAUAUUUGCAAUUGCUGCGAAUCACUGGCUGUAUCAAGUCUAUCACAUUGGUGGGAGGAUUCGCAUUGCUGUUUGCUCACUGGUUUACCGGAAGGCACUGCGUCUGAAUGUCACGAGCUUGAGUGAGACAACACCAGGAAAGAUAGUUAAUCUGCUCGCUAAUGAUGUCAAUCGAUUUGAUCUCAUACUCGUGUUCAUUCACUAUUUGUGGUCAGCUCCAUUGGCUGCGAUUAUUGUUGGAUAUUUCUUGUGGACUGAAGCUGGUUAUAGCGGAUUGAUCGGCAUCACGGUGAUAUCUAUCAUCGUACCAAUUCAAUCCUACACGGGCAAGCUAUCAGCAAAAUACCGUCUCCAAACAACAGUGAAGACAGACGAGCGUGUUCGUGUAAUGAACGAAAUAAUCUCUGGUGUUCAAGUAAUAAAGAUGUAUGCCUGGGAGAAGCCGUUCUGCCAAAAGAUAGCACUCAUUCGAAAAUUGGAACUUAGUAUAAUUCGCAAGAACUCGUGGAUCCACGGAGCUUUCAUGACACUCUAUCUUUUCGUACCUCGCACAGCGCUGUAUUGCACGCUAGUUGGAAUGAUCUUAUUUGGUCAGCAAUUGUCAACCGAAAAGGUAUUCGUCUUCUUCGCUUACUACUCGGUUCUCGCUGAAGUAAUGGGUUUCAUGUUCUCACGAGGUAUAUCGGAGAUUGCUCAGUGUAUCGUAACAGUGAAACGACUUGAGAGUUUAUUGAUGACGAAGGAAUUUCGGACUGAUAUGGAUUGGACGGCGAUGAAGAUGAUCACAUCAAAGCGCAUAUCGAAGUUAGGUGUUGGGAAGGCUGACAGGGAGAUGUCUCCGGAGAGACCAGUCCGCAGUGAUCCGAAUGAAGGACAUAGAAAGUACGUACCUGAUACCAAAAAAAGUACCUCUAUAAGACUAGUCAAUUUGACGGCCAAAUGGGAUGACAAGUCGAUCGAAAAUACUUUACAAGACGUUAACUCUGAAAUCGAACGGGGAAAAGUUUACAUAGUGAUUGGUGCUGUUGGUUCCGGGAAAAGCUCCCUGAUAUCAGCGAUCCUCGGUGAAAUGUCAAUCACUGAAGGUCAUGUAGAUAUCAACGGGAGCAUCAGUUACGCGAGUCAAGAAGCCUGGAUAUUCGGCUCAACUGUCCGCCAGAAUAUCCUGUUUGGGCAGCCAUAUGACCCUCACAGAUACGAAGAAGUCGUGAAAGUGUGUGCCUUGCCGAGUGAUUUUGAACAGUUUCCCCUGGGGGACCAAACAAUCCUAGGAGAGCGAGGGAAUUCACUGUCGGGAGGGCAAAAGGCUAGAAUCAACCUGGCAAGAUCGGUCUAUCGAAAAUCGGAUAUCUAUAUUUUCGACGAUCCCUUGAGCGCCGUUGACACACAAGUCGGCAAGUACCUGUUCGAAGAGUGCGUCGAGAAAUACUUGGAAGGCACAACGCGGAUUCUAGUGACCCAUCAGCUGCAAUAUAUCAACGGAUCCAAUGAAAUUCUGCUGGUGGAACACGGAAAGCUAGAGAAAUUUCGAAAUUACGAUGAAUUAUUAUCGGCGCGUUCGGAAUACUCCAAGCUCCUGGCAUGCAACUCCACAGCUGAUCCUGAUAGCAACAAUCCUGAAAUCGCGGAUAGGAAGGCAUCGCUGCAUGUAGAAACCGCGGCAAGUCAGAUUCCACAAGUACCUGUUGACGCUGCUGCAGCGGAGGAGGACGAUAACGGUAUGGAGAUAGCAAAUUCCUUGGAGAAGACGUCGCGAGGCACCGUGGCUGGCUCCAUCUUCAUCAAUUAUCUAAAAAGCGGAAAUAAUUGGCUGCUGAUCGUGGCAGUUGCACUCUUUCUCGUUGUAACACAAGUCGCGGUCACUUCCUACGAUAUGUUCUUCCCAAAACUGGUGAGUGCUGAGGAGAAACGAUUCAACGACUACCUGAGAUCAAGAAAUAGCAAUGCUUCACUGGCCACAAUUGCUGAUGAAUACGAUAUCGAACCUGCCUACACAGGGAUUUUCACGUACACUGGAAUCACAUUGUCGAUUUUUGUCUUCGGCAUGACACAAUCGGUGCUCUUCUACAUGGUGUGUAUGAAGUCGAGUCAGUGUUUGCACGACAACGCCUUCAGCGCUCUGAUAAGAACCGGCAUGCAGUUCUUCAGUAUGAACCCAAGUGGCAGAAUUCUCAACAGAUUCUCAAAAGAUAUCGAUGCGAUCGACGAUCUCCUACCGAAGACUCUGCAAGAUGCUGCUAUCGCCAUGACUAUCACUUGCGGUGUUAUUGUGAUCACCUGCACCAUAAAUCCGAUCUUUCUUGUUUCAUUCGCUCUCAUCACGUACGCGCUUUAUUGGAUAGCUAGGAUCUACGUGAAGAUCAGCAAGAAUCUUAAGAGGCUGGAAGCUGUGAUGAAGGCGCCUGUAUUCACUCACCUUAACUUAACCAUGAAUGGUUUGAUGACAAUCAGAGCUUUCGGUGGUCAGGAACUCUUGAUGGUUGAAUUCGACCGAUUCCAGGACGGACAUAGCUCCGCCUGGUUCAUGUUCACAGCGACUAGUGCUGCUUUCGGUUUCUCACUUGACGUAUUCUGCUGGGUCCUGACGAUUAUUGUGACGUUUGGCUUGUUGCUAGCCAGUGGAUACAGCGGACCAGAGGUGGGGUUGGCCAUCACCUCGAUCACUUCAAUAACGAGUCUACUACAAUGGGGAGUUCGCCAAUAUGCAGAAGUGCUUAAUCAGAUGAUGUCUGUUGAGAGAGUUCUGGAAUAUUCGUCAUUAGUGCCGGAAGACACUUCUGAUCAUGUCGAUCCUGCGAAGGGGGAAAAGAUAAAGAGAGAGGAGAGCAAGAAUCAGAAAUCAAAACCGACGAAGCCUGCUAAUUGGCCGACGGAAGGAGCUAUUACGUUCAAACAUGUAUUUAUGAGAUACAGUGAUGAUGAGCCUGCUGUAUUGAACGAUGUGGAUUUCAUGAUAAAACCACGGGAGAAGAUAGGAAUCGUUGGACGUACCGGAGCGGGAAAGUCUUCUAUGAUAUCGGCCCUGUUUCGAUUGACGAAGAUUGAGGGAAUCAUAGAGAUUGAUGGAGUUGAUACAGCGAGUAUCAGCUUAGAGGACUUGAGACGACAUAUUGCUAUUAUUCCUCAAGAGCCCGUGCUGUUCUCAGGCACUUUGAGGAAGAAUCUCGAUCCUUUCAAUGAGUUUAGUGAUCAUGCCCUUUGGACAGCGCUAGAACAAGUCGAGUUGAAGGACGCGGUGGUCAGAGAAGCGAAUGGGCUUGAUGGCAAAGUUGUAGAUAAGGGCGGGAAUUUUAGUGUUGGGCAGAGGCAACUGGUUUGUCUUGCGAGGGCUAUCUUAAGGAACAAUAAGAUACUUGUGUUGGAUGAAGCUACUGCCAAUGUCGAUCCUCAUACGGACAUGCUGAUCCAAAAAACUAUUAGAUCGAAGUUCAUGACGUGUACAGUACUAACUAUUGCGCAUAGGUUAAAUACAAUUAUGGAUAGUGAUAAAAUUAUUGUUAUGGAUAAUGGUCGAAUUGUUGAAUUUGAUCAUCCUUAUGUGUUACUCAAGAAUCGACAUGGGAAGUUCUCUUCUUUUGUGAAGAAAACGGGGCAUGCGAUGAGUGAUAACUUGGUAAAAAUAGCGAAGCAGUCGUUUGAAGGAAUGGAUGCAAGAUAUUCGUAAUUGUGAUCAGUUUUAUUGAUAAUAAGAUAGGUCUUCAAUUGUAAAUUAUUUAAUCUUGUUUAGUUUGUUAGGAUUAAAUACAGAUACAUGGAGUUAUUUCCAUGUCAGUCAUUAUUAA